CAAAACGCAAACAUAAACACGGGCCUUUAAAGAGACUGUAUGUUUGACAGAUCCGGCGAAAGGCACACGGAUCUGAAGUUAUGCCAGUCUGUCGUCGAGGAUUUUUAUCGUGUUAUGUUUCAUAAUGUCUCCUGCAAACGCCACGAUGCAUGACGAGACCGACGCCGAGUGACAGGCUUAUACUGUGUAUAAAGGCAGAUGACGUAACGCAGUCGACUUCUGGAAACUGGUCCUGGUGGCCCUCUUGGAGACCCACAUCCAUGUCCUUAUUAAAAAGCGCAGAGGCUAAAAUCCUGGCCUGUAUCCGGAAUGAAGUUUGGUCCAGAUUCGUCACUUUGCCAAAUCAAACCAGAAUAUGGACCCUUAAAGUCACCAAUAAGACUGCGCGAAAACAGAAAGAACAAGCCGCUCAGACACCGCUAGUGAUGGUCCACGGGUUUGGAGGAGGUGUUGGACUCUGGAUUCGUAAUCUGGACGCAUUGAGUCGUUCUCGACCUGUUUAUGCCUUUGACUUGCUGGGCUUCGGCCGCAGCUCUCGGCCCUCGUUUCCAGCUGACGCCUCAUUGGCUGAAGAGCAGUUUGUCUCCUCCAUAGAGCAGUGGAGAGAAUCAAUGGGCCUUGAGCGCAUGAUCCUAUUGGGCCACAGUUUGGGCGGUUAUCUAGCAACAUCCUACACCAUCCAAUACCCAGAAAGAGUGAGUCACCUGAUCCUGGUGGACCCGUGGGGUUUCCCUGAGCGAUCUCAGCCUCAGGUACAGGGGUCAGCAGGUCAGGGGUCAGAGGUGAAGAGGGUUGGACCUCCACGCUGGGUGAAAGCACUGGCUUCAGUCUUCAGUUUCUUCAAUCCACUCGCCGUCAUCAGAGCAGCAGGACCCUGGGGUCCAGGACUGGUGAAUCGGUUUCGUCCCGACUUCAAGAGGAAGUUUGAGGAUCUGUUUGAUGACGACACCAUGACACAAUACAUUUAUCACUGUAACGCCCAGAACCCCAGUGGUGAGGUGGGUUUUAAAGCCAUGUGUGAGUCUCUGGGCUGGGCGAAGAGGCCGAUGGUUCAGCGAGUUCAUCUGCUGCCGCCGUUGAUGCCCGUCAGCCUGCUGUACGGCUCGCUCUCAUGGGUUGACAGCUCCACCGGGAACACCGUCGCCCAGAUAAGAGGCAAAAGUCCCACCAGCGUCACACUGAUUGAAGAUGCUUCCCAUCACGUCUACGCUGACCAGCCGGAAGAGUUCAACAGAGUGGUUGAGAAUAUCUGUAAUGUGGUGGACUAAAAAUGAUCAGACGGGCUGCAUAUGUGCAUUGUCCUGUGUUUGUGGGAUCAGACUCAUAGAGACAUUUACAGACAAAGCUGUUCUCAGAGCUUGUCCAUUCAUAAUCUAGUUUCACUGUUUGUGGCCUUUUAACGUGGAAAGGCGCAAUGAUUGUACUGCAGAGUUUAAUGGAAGCUGGUAUUUGUAUUUCUAACCUCUAUUUUAUCAGACGUCUUUUCAAGCAUGGACUGAUCAAGUCAUGCAAUCAGUUAAAGAAUGCAUUGACAAUGCUUAGACAGUCAUAUUGACUAAACAAAGUUUGUAUUUUAUAAUGGGCACAACUCAAUUACAUUGCUGUACCUUUA